CAAAAAAUUUUCGGGAAGCGGUAAUAGUUUGUUCUUUCGAUCGAUCAUGAAGACUAUCAAACAGGCACCGUCAUCGAAUUGGAAGAAGCUUUUACCUACGAUUAAAGCUACGUCUUCAUCGACCAAGAAGACCACUGGCAAACGCAAAGCCAGUACGACAACCACUACGACAGUGGUAAAGAAGAGUAAAACAGAUACUACGACGAAACAGGAUGUUGCGAUACCCAAGAAAGAUGAAUUAUGGUUCGGUGAGGACAUUGACGAGGAAACUUUGAACAAAGCGUACGGCAAGAAAACUUCCGCCUCCGAUGCCAAAGAGGAGGAACGAGUACGAAAACAAGCCAUAUUGGAGAAAAUGGACUUGGCCAAAGGCAAAGACGCAAAGCUUGGGAAGUAUGUGGCCAUCGAUUGUGAGAUGGUGGGCGUCGGUCCCGGGGGUGUGGAAUCAGCACUGGCGCGAGUCAGUUUGGUGAAUUUUAAUGGAGCUGUGCUCUUGGAUACCUAUGUCAAGCCGCAGGAGAAAGUGACGGAUUACCGUACAUUUGUCAGUGGCAUCAAACCUGAGCAUCUAGUGGAUGCUAUGAGCUUUCAAGACGCACAAAAGGCAGUAGCGGACAUCAUUAAAGAUCGUAUUUUGAUAGGUCAUGCAGUGUAUAACGAUCUGCAAGCCUUGAUGCUUGAUCAUCCUCGCUUGUUUAUCCGCGAUACAUCACGUUAUAAACCUUUCCGCAAAUUUGUGGGAGGAAGAACCCCGGGUCUGAAAAUGUUGGUGCAACGUAUCCUCAACAUCACUAUUCAAUCGGGAAGCCAUUCUUCGGUGGAAGAUGCUCGGUUUACCAUGUCUUUGUAUAAAAGCGUGAAAGAUGAUUGGGAGAAAGCUCUUGGUGCGCGUCACGGUCUUCACAUGAAAAACUUGACCAUGAAAAAGCAAAAGACAAAGAAGUCGAAAAGCGUCACCAUUCAAGAACCAGUCAGCAGUAGCGAAGAUGAAGAUGAAGACGAAGAAUAG